AUGCCGCGACGACGCGCAAGCAAGGCCUGCCUCCACUGCCGGCAGAGAAAAGUCCGGUGCGACGUGACGCUUCGCGGAGUUCCCUGUUUGAAUUGCCAGCUCGACCAUCAACUGUGCGCAGUCCAGGAGCGCAAAUCAAAACGAUCGCUGUCAGACUCAAAACUCUCUGGUCACCGCGAGGGCGGGUCCGUGUCCGAAGGCAUAUCGACGAGAUUGGUAGAUGAGAACCCAUCUGGCAUAGACAGUAUAGAUCAAUGGGCCAGACGACUGAGUGGGUUUGCACCACUUAACCUGAAGGGAUUAUCAAUCAACGCUUUCGACGUCCGACAAGAUGACAGCAGAGCAAAUGAAAGCACAUGCAUCAAUCUAGAAGGAUUUUCGCCCAAGACAGCAAACACAAUCUCAAAUCUACACAAAAGUAGCCAAGCAAGAGAGCGAGAGAGGGCGAAUACAUAUAAUGCAUUCGCGGAGCAGACUCCGCCGUCCAUCAACAACAUAGGAUACAACAGCCAUGACACUCUUCCAUUCAUCAAACCCCCCGAAUUAGGCCACCUUUCCGCCCUAGAUAUUAGGUUUAUGCAGCUCAAUGGAUGCUUUGACCUUCCACCUAUGCCGAUUCUCAACGAAUUUGUUCGAAUGUACUUCCUUCACGUCCACCCCAUCGUGCCACUAAUCGAAGAGGGAACAUUUUGGGAUUCAUUCUCGUGUACCAACGGAGAGAAGAUCUCGCUCCUUGUGUUCCAAGCAAUGAUAUUUGCCGCCUGUGCUUUCAUUCCGGGAGCCAUCGCAGAAGCAACGGGAUUUGACUGUCCCCGAUCAGCCACAGCAGCAUUCUACAAAAAGGCAAAGAUUUUAUACGAUUUCGAAAUCGAGUCAGAUCACAUCUCUCUCGGCCAGGCCGCGUUACUAUUCACCUUCUGGCCGGCAGGACUGAGGCCGGGGCCUUCAAAGUCAAACAGCGUGUGGCUAAGCACGGCCAUUCGACACGCAAAAUCUCUUCGAGCGCAUCAUCUGACGUCCGGCCGAAUCAAGCAGACUGCGAUCCCAGCGCAGACGAGAAUAUCUCUUCGCCGCCUCUGGUGGUGCUGUUAUAUCCGCGAUCGCAUCCUUGCUCUUGGUCUCCGUAGAACGCUGCGGAUCCAGGAAAAAUAUCCACCGCUAGUCCUGGAAGACUUUGAGAACGAGAUUCACCGCUCCCGAGUCUACAAUACUGAGUCAAAGCGACGAUUCUUCGACAUCUUUUUACAGAUAUCAAAGCUAUGUGUUGUCGUAACGGAUCUGCUUCGCAUCUGCUCUACCUCUGAAGACGGACUCGAAAGCGAGACAAGCAUAGCGGAUCAUCAUAAUGCGAUGGCAAAUUGCACGGCUCAGCUGCAGGAAUGGUAUGAUGGGGCCAGACAGCAGUUCCCGGACGAUGCAGACCAGCCAGGGAUCCGGCCGCAUUUCCUCAUCAUCCAGACUAACCUGAUGUUUACGUAUUAUUUCGCCGCGAAACUGGCAAUCUUCCACCAAGAGAUAUUUUAUGCGGUUCGCGACUCAGAAAAUGAAAGCGAAAGCGAAAACGUGAACGCGAACGCGAACGGGGAGGGACCGUGUCUGGCAUUAUUAGCUGGCAAAAGUGACAAAGUUCGCGAUGCUGUCGAUAACAUCAUUAAACAUCUCACAAAUCCAGUGCGGCUAGGGUUGGCACAAUACCUGCCCGUCAGCGUGGUUGCAUUUGUCGCCAUGCCUUUGAUGGUGCAAAUUGUCAACGCAAAGAUCAUGGCCCGAGGUGUUACAAACCCACGAGCUGCCACGCAUCGGCAGCAGCUUCAUUCCCUAAUCGGGCUGAUCAAGCAAUGCCACCAGCGGCUUGAUGGAAUCGAUGCGGUCUGCAUGACAAUUCGUCGACUGACAGACCAGGCCCAGGUUCGCUUCAUGUCCGGAAAUGCAUCUCAGAUAACAGAGUGUAUCGAUCUCAUUGACCACAAGCCGGUCGAGUACCUGCGAUUAUUCUUGAACCUGGACCUGAAUUUAAGCAACGCGACGAUGAUAGACAAUAUCCAAUUCGUAGAAUUGAGAGAGGAGCUUCUCCGGACUAAGAAGGCUGCCUCAGUAGUUGAUGCUCCCACUCCAACUGCAAACACAGAACCACCGAAGCCAGCUUGCGCGCCGCCAGCAGAGCCUUUCCUGGUAUCUCCACCACAAGAUACAUGGGAUGUGAAUAUUCCGGAGCCCAAGGCGGAGGCUUUAGUCGAGAUGGACGACUCACUAUUAGACAUUGACGAGCUGUUAGGCGGAGAUGGCGCAUUAGGCACCGACCCAUCUUUCGCUCUAGAACCUUUGUCUUUUAUGAACCAACAGAUGGAAUGGGAGAUGGAUGCAUGGCUGUUAGGAGAGACCUAA